UGCGAGGAAGAGGCAGGCAGAGAGACGCAGCACUGGAGCACCGCGUUGAGCUGAACAUAAUCAACCAUGUCAAUAUUUACACCUACAAACCAGAUCAGGCUAACAAAUGUUGCCGUCGUGAGGAUGAAGAAAGGAGGGAAAAGAUUUGAAAUAGCCUGUUAUAAAAACAAAGUGAUGAGCUGGAGAUCUGGAGCGGAGAAAGACCUCGAUGAAGUCCUGCAGACAAACACAGUGUUUGUGAAUGUGUCUAAGGGUCAAGUGGCGAAGAAAGAGGACCUGUCAAACGCUUUCGGCACAGAUGACUUGACAGAAAUAUGCAAACAGAUUUUAUCUAAAGGAGAAUUGCAGGUGUCAGAUCGGGAACGGCAGAGUCAGCUGGAACAGAUGUUUCGUGAUAUUGCAACUAUUGUGGCAGAAAAAUGUGUGAAUCCUGAGACCAAACGGCCCUACACAGUCAGCCUUAUAGAGAGAGCGAUGAAGGACAUCCACUUCUCCGUCAAGGCAAACAAAAGCACUAAACAGCAGGCUCUCGAGGUCAUCAAGCAGCUGAAGGAGUCCAUUCAGAUCCAGAGAGCUCACAUGCGGCUGCGCUUCGUCCUGCCAGCCAAGGACGGGAAGAGACUGAAAGAAAAGCUCAGACCCUUGAUAAAGGCAGUGGAGGACGAGGACUUCGAUGAUCAGCUGGAAAUGGUGUGUCUGAUAGAUCCAGGCUGCUUCCGUGAGAUUGAUGAGCUGAUCCGCUGUGAGACUAAAGGAAAGGGAACGCUGGAGGUGCUCAGUCUCAAAGAUGUGGAGGAAGGAGACGAGAAACUAGAAUAACCUCUUCAUCUUCACCUGCUUCAACACAUUAAACUAUUGCCCAUUCAUUUUA